GACGGGGAAUAUGGUUCUCUGUCAAAUCUGUUGAAGAACAACCAUCGUGGAGAUCUAUCUUUAAUUUUUGACACACAUUGGAAUCUCCUUCACAUGAAAACUUCCCUUGUUCAUAUUUUUUCGAAAACUUUUUGUAUAAAUAUGACUAAACCCAGUUGAGCCAUGCACGGUUAAGAGCUUUUAAGAGGGAAGGCAUACAUAGAACUAGACAUAUAUAUAUAUAUAUAUAUACACAUUAGAAAUGGCGAACGGGAUAACGGUGGUGGAGGCUCCAACAUCAAAAGUAGGGGUGGCAGUGUUCUUAAUAAGAGGGAAGACCGUGCUGUUGGGCCGUCGACGCUCCACCGGCGUUGGUGACACCAAAUUUUCACUCCCUAGUGGUCACCUUGAGUUUGGGGAGAGCUUUGAGGAAUGUGCAGUAAGAGAGCUAAAGGAAGAGACGGGUUUGGACAUUGAGAAGAUAGAGUUUUUGACGGUCACAAACAAUGUCUUCCUAGAUGAAGUAAAGCCUUCUCACUAUGUAGCUAUCUUCGUGCGAGCAUUCUUGAGAGAUCCUCAUCAAGAGCCUGAAAAUCUUGAGCCGACAAAGUGUGAUGGUUGGGAUUGGUAUGAAUGGGACAACCUCCCAAAACCACUCUUUUGGCCUGUGCAGAAAAUGAUCAAGCAGGGCUUUAAUCCCUUUCCAAAUAUUGCUUAAGACCGAUUUAUCAACAAAUAGUAUGCUGCACUAUACUGUUAGAAUAAAUUUGUUAUUUGUGGUACUUUUGGUGCUAAAUAAGUUUAAAGGCUUAUUUGGAAUGCUAAAUUAUAUAGGAUUAAAUUGAAUUAUUUUAAGUUUGAUCAUAAUAAAAAUUUAAGAUAGUCAAUCCUAUCCAAUGUAAUUUUGCUUCUUAAUAUUUUAAUGUUUGUUUGUUACUUAGUGAAUAUAACAUUAGAUUGUUUA